ACAAUAUUAAUGUACAAAAUGGGAGGAAGAAGAAGAAGAAACAACCAACCAACGAAACAAGAAGAAGAAAAAGAGGACGAAGAAACCAGAACUGACCGUCGUUAAUCGUUGAACACCAUGACCACCACCACCACCACUCUCUCCCAUCUCUUCUGACAUUUUUUGCUCUUGUUUUUAACAAAAGUUAAUCAACCAUUAAUAUAUAAUAUCUCAAACCUUUCUGUUAUUCCUUUGUUAUGCCCGCCUGAACUCUUCUCCUUCGUCUUCAAUUAAUCGCUGAGGAUUCUAGAGCUUUUUAAGGAUGGCCAAUAAUGAGGACACGGGUAGCCCUGGUUGGAAAGCUUCGUUGUUCUUGCAGACGACAGAAGAUGUUGCGAAAGCUGUUGCCGCUGCAGCUGCUGCAGCUACUGCUCCCCGUUCACCGCGGCCUUCUGUAGUGUUUUCGUCGAAAGAUGAUCACGGUGAUAGCCAGUUUCAGAAGCUGCAGCGGCAUUUUUCUAGAGUUAUGAGCGGCUUUUCGUCUCCUCCUCCUCAAGUGAAAGCUGUGACUUAUAAUCCUGAAGUACUAACUAGUCAAAAGCGCCAAUGGGCUAACUGUCAGCUCCAAUACUUGGAUCAUAGAUCUUUAAAGGAGCCAUCAAGGCUUUUUGAGAGCAUGGUAGUUGUUGGGCUUCAUCCUAAUUGUGAUCUUCAGGCACUUCAGAGGCAAUAUGUUGCUCAGAAAUAUGAAGGUUCUGGAAGAUUGCAAGGUUCACUUGGUUGUCAGAAUCAGUCUCGUGUAGAACCCAUUAUUGAGCCUCAGGUCUUAUUUGUUUACCCUCCUGACAAACAAUUGCCGCUUAAGUACAAGGAUCUUGUAUCAUUUUGCUUCCCUGGAGGCUUGGAGGUUCAUGCCGUUGAGAGAACCCCUUCCAUGAGCGAGUUGAAUGAAAUUCUUCUUGGACAGGAGCACCUUAAACAGAGUAACCUGUCAUUUGUAUUCCGGUUACAGGUUGCCGAUGAUUCUACACUUUAUGGCUGUUGUGUGUUAGCUGAUGAAAUUGUACAAAAGCCAUCCGGAUUACUUUCCAUGAUUUCAGAUAAGCGUUCUUCUGGCUCAUCUUUGAGCCGCCAUGUACUAACCACGCGCAGAUGUUAUUGUAUUCUUUCAAGGCUUCCGUUCUUUGAAUUGCAUUUUGGUGUACUAAACAGCAUCUUUAUAGAAGAAAGGUUGGAACGCCUAACAAGAGAUAUUGGUGCUUUAGACUUGGAAUUAUUGGAAGAUCAUGGAAAAGAAGAAAGCUUAGGGGACAAUUUAGUCUCUGUACCAUCAAAUAAUAGAGCAGCGGAGGAUAUGCUGGACAGGGCUGCAGAAAAUCUUCAAUCAAACGUAAGAGAUACUACAUUUGGAGAUGAUAACAGGAGCAACAUGGAGUUUCACAUUCCUGAUGGGCAUAUUCACUUGUUGCAGAAAGGUAUUAACAAUAAUGUUAUUGUUCCGGUUGAUUCUGAAACAGAGGUAGUUUCCGACAAAGGGGAAUCUGGUGCUAAAAACCUUGUAGAUUGUGGCAUUGAUGUUGAUGAUUUAUCUGACAAGCAAACAGAGGAGAAACGUUUUCCAAAUGCUGUUCUGCCUCUCCUUCGCUAUCACCAUUAUGAAAGCUCAGAGUCUUCUUCCAGUUUCCAGGGUUCUCCUAGUGAAGACCGACAUUUUAGGAGUGAUGUUGAUGAUACAGAGACAGAAGAGGCAUCUGUUUCUGGCCAGGAAGAUACUAAUGAUCACAUGGAUAUUCUCGACUGGGCUAAGGCAAACAACCAUGGAUCAUUGCAGAUAAUAUGCGAGUAUUACCAGUCACGCUGUCCUUCUAGGGGUUCAACGCUUCGGUUUCAUCCUCUGGAGCAUCUUCAUCCACUAGAAUAUCAUAGAUCAGAUGAAACAGUGCUACAUAUUGCUGGUUCAACUAUUGAUUUACGCACAUGCAAUACGAGUCUGGAACUUGCAGAGGCACACAGUGCACUUUUGGCAGAAGAGGAAUCAACUGCUUUAUCAACAUGGGCCGUUGCUUGCAUAUGCGGAUCCUUGCGUCUAGAGAAUGUGUUAACAUUGUUUGCUGGAGCUCUACUGGAGAAGCAGAUUGCGGUUGUCUGUUCAAAUUUGGGAAUCUUAUCUGCAUCAGUUUUAUCAGUUGUCCCCCUAAUCCGUCCCUAUCAAUGGCAAAGCCUAUUAAUGCCGAUUUUACCAGAUGAUAUGCUAGACUUUUUGGAUGCACCGGUUCCAUAUGUAGUUGGUGUAAAGAACAGAACCAGUGAAGUACAGUCAAAGUUAACUAAUGUCAUUCUGGUUGAUGUUAACAAGAACCAGGUAAAGUCACCGACAAUUCCACAAUUGCCUCAGCACAGGGAGUUAUUCUCGUCCUUGAAGCCGUAUCAUUCAAAGCUUGUGGGUGAAAGUUAUUUAGCGAGGAAAAGACCAGUUCACGCGUGUACAGAUGUACAAAUUGAAGCUGCCAAAGGUUUUCUAUCAGUGCUAAGAUCUUACUUGGAUUCACUUUGCUCGAACUUGCGGUCGCAUACAAUUACAAAUGUUCAAUCCAAUAAUGAUAAGGUAUCAUUGCUCUUAAAAGAGAGUUUCAUAGAAUCCUUUCCUAAUCGUGAUCGUCCAUUUAUGAAGCAAUUUUUAGACACGCAGCUCUUCUCUGUACAUACGGAUCUUGUUCUCUCUUUUUUCCAGAAGGAAUAAUUUUUUGAAAGGUUAGUCUGUAUCGUUAAUAAUAUGCUAAAUUAUAAAGUGGACGUAUGUUCAACAUACACCGAACAUUUAUUCAAAAGAAAAAAGAAAUGGUCAAUGCCCAUUUGAUCAAAGUUCCGCUACUGCAAGAGGAACUGGGCGUGGCCAGGGUUCAAAAGCUGGCCAGGAGGGAUGGCCAGAUAUAGUCUGCUCGAGAGCAAAACUGUGGGGGUAGAAAAAGAUAAAGGUCUUGUAUAUAAUGAUUAUUGUAUGAGUUCAAAUUUAAUUAAUGGUGAAGAGUUGCUUCAUAUA